AUGGAUGAGAAUCCAAACAGAAUUUCAAGUAGCAAAAUUACAAGACAUAACAAGAGAUUUGACUCCGCGGAUGGCGAAGCUGAUUUGAUAGAGUGUUCUGGUAAAUAUUGCAAAUCAUGCACAUCAGGAUUAGUAGCUGAUUGUGUUGCAUUAUGUUGUUGUCCUUGUGUUGUGUUACAUUGUUUUGCUUUGGCCUUUAUAAAGGCACCUUGGAUUAUGGGAAGAAAAUGUUUGGGAUUAGGGAGGAAGAACAAGAAUAAGAAGAAGAAAUGUUGUCAUAAGAAGUGCAAAAGGGGACCUAAAGAUGUUGAUGAUGUUGUGUUAGAAGGAGAAAAAGAAAAUGAUUUAAAUGUAGGGUGGCCAGCAUCACCAAUGGAUAAUGUCCAUGUUAAUGUUGGAUUUGAAGCUGAAAAGGUUUGGCAUGAGUUGUAUCAAAUUGGUCAUUUAGAUUUUGGUAGGAUUUCUUUCUCAAAUGUUUAA